GCCAUUCAGAGUCCAGACACUUGGAGCUGAACUUGAUUUUCAAGGCUGAGUUCAUUCACUUAGCUACAGCCUCUGGGAAGCAACGCAGAGGAAUUCUGUCACCUGGACACUGCAGCUACAAAAUCCAUCUGCUUAAAAGAUAGAGAAAACUCUCAGAAACAUGAUUUGCUUGCAGUUCCUAUCUCUUCUUACCUAUGGACUUACAGUGCUGCAGGGGGUGAAUGGGUGGACAUACCAUUAUUCAGACACAAACAUGACCUACAGGGAAGCAGAGCUGUGGUGCAGAAAGAAGUAUACUAACCUGGUUGCCAUCCAGAACAAGGAGGAAAUCAAGCAUCUCAAUGCCUUCUUACCCUUCAAUCCGGGUUACUACUGGAUUGGAAUCAGAAAAAUUAAUGGUGUGUGGACCUGGACUGGAACUAACAAAGAACUGACAGAAGAAGCAAGAAACUGGGCUUCAGGGGAGCCAAAUGGCAAAGGGAACAACGAGGACUGCGUUGAGAUCUACAUCAAAAGAGGGAAGGAUGAUGGCAAAUGGAAUGAUGAGCAGUGUGAGAAGAAGAAGGUUGCCUUGUGCUACACAGCUUCUUGCAACCCAUCUCUCUGCAGUGGCCAUGGAGAAUGCAUAGAGACCAUCAACAACCACACCUGCCAUUGCAACCCUGGCUUCUAUGGGCCUGAAUGCGAGUUUGUUAAGAGUUGUGAUCCACUAAAGAAACCUGAUCAUGGGAGCCUUGAGUGCCACCAUCCCCUGGGGGACUACAGCUACAACUCUUCCUGCAAAGUUCAGUGUGAGGAGGGCUAUGAGCUGACUGCACUGGAGUCUGUCCACUGUACCUCUUCUGGGCUCUGGUCUGCUCCCCUUGCAGCAUGCAAAGCUGUGACCUGCCCUGCCCUGGAAAUGCCUGUCCACGGGGCUGUGAACUGCUCCCAUCCCUCUGUGCAGCUCACCUGGGGAACCACCUGUGAGUUCACCUGCGAGGAAGGAUUUACCCUGACAGGACCAGCGACCCUGCAGUGCGGCUCUUCGGGGGCCUGGGACAGGCAGCAGCCAGCGUGUGCAGCUGUGCGCUGUGAGGCUGUCCCGCGGCCAGCAGAAGGCUCCGUGAGCUGUGACCGCGCUCCUGCAGAGCUCACCUCUGGCUCACGCUGCCACUUCCAGUGCCCCGAGGGAUUUGUCCUGGAGGGCUCACCCAGCACGGAGUGCACGGCACGGGGACAGUGGUCAGAGCCGGUGCCCACAUGCAAAGCUGUGACCUGCCCUGCCCUGGAAAUGCCUGUCCACGGGGCUGUGAACUGCUCCCAUCCCUCUGUGCAGCUCACCUGGGGAACCACCUGUGAGUUCACCUGCGAGGAAGGAUUUACCCUGACAGGACCAGCGACCCUGCAGUGCGGCUCUUCGGGGGCCUGGGACAGGCAGCAGCCAGCGUGUGCAGCUGUGCGCUGUGAGGCUGUCCCGCGGCCAGCAGAAGGCUCCGUGAGCUGUGACCGCGCUCCUGCAGAGCUCACCUCUGGCUCACGCUGCCACUUCCAGUGCCCCGAGGGACAUGUCCUGGAGGGCUCACCCAGCACGGAGUGCACGGCACGGGGACAGUGGUCAGAGCCGGUGCCCACAUGCAAAGUCAUACAGUGUGAACCACUGAGCUCUCCUGAGAAAGGCUCCAUGGAUUGCUCCCACGGGGCUGGGAUGUUCACCUACAACACCUCCUGCCACUUCAGCUGCCUAGAAGGAUGGAGUCUCAAUGGCUCUCGUGUUCUUGAGUGCAGCCACUCAGGAAACUGGAGUGCCAGCCUGCCCACAUGUGAAGCGUCUGACCAAGCCAGCUACAUCUCUGUGGGCAUAGCAGCCACUUCUGCCUCUCUGCUGUCCACAGCAUCAUUCCUCCUUUGGCUUGCAAGGCGCUUCCGGAGAAAAGCAAAGAAGUUUAUUCCUUUCAGGAACUGGCAGGAAACAGCCAGUGAAGGCAGUUUCCAAAGUGCUGGCGAGAAUGUCUAACUCAGGUGUUUCAGGAAUUGCAGCCACCUUCACUUACAUCUCAGAUUUCUGGAGAAUGAAACUGCCUGCAAAUCAGCAGCUGUCCAGAUGUUUUUGCCUUUUGCUGACAAGAUGAUUGACCUUGUGUGUGAUUCAGAAAUCUUGAACUCAAGCUGUCUGGUAUUUCCAUUGAAGAUAAAGAGAGAACUCUGGCCUUGUGGCCAAAUCCUGCCUCCAUUCAGGCAUGUGGUUAUCCUGAACUGGGAGCUUGCCAUCUCCUGUGCAGGUGGUGAGUAAGCAGUGCACUGCUGCCUAAAGAGGAGGCUGGUUCCUCCUCUGCUCCACUCAAAGGUACUGAGUGAGGUGAAGACAUGCUUUAUUUCACAUCACUUACUGCACAGCUGCAGCUGUCUCCUCUGGAGUCACAUGGGUUAUACUUGCAGAAACAGAAGAAUCAGGAUGGAAAAAUAUUCACUGAACAGCUUUUAAACUAUUGAUCUGGUUAGUGGAAGUCAGUUUAUUUUCAGAUGUCCCAGUCAAUAGAUAUGCCUGCAGUGAUAUGGGCAAUUAUUUGGGUUUCUGCUGCAUAUCCCAGAAAACUUAGAUGCCUUUUUUUAAAAAAUAUAACAGCACUAGGAACCAUGGUGCUUACACGGGGUACUCUGGUUUCUGAACACAGCAGGCAGAUCUGAAAUUAUCUCAUCCCUGUGGGAUUCUGUACUGUACUAUGUGUAUAUACAUAUGUAUUUAUUUGAGCAGCUUUUACUGUGGAUAUUUCUAUGCUCUUAACUGUAUAGGUAUUGUAAAAUACUUGUUCUUGAGUAGGUCUGUGGCUGUUGAUCAGAAUUUAUUUGAAAAUAAAUUGGAAGUGUUUGUAAGGAUUGCAUGCCUGCAUAUUGUUUACGAAUGAAAUGGAAGACUGAAAUUUGUAUGUAUGUGUAUUGAAAAUAUGAAUUUUUUUAGCUGUUAAAAGUCUUCAAAUGAGACUCUUUUAAUUUAUAUUUAAGUUAUGAUUAUAAAUUAAAAAUCUCUCAUUUAAUCCAGUAUGUAGUGUCCUGUUUGUAACAUUUUUUUAAUAAAAUGUUUUCAAUUUAACACUC